AUGUGUAUGAGUAAUCUCAAGCUUGUUUUCAUUUGUUGUCGGACAACUUUAGCUGCUUAUAUCCUCGCUGCGGUCUUUGUGUUUGAGCUGAAACAACAUCAAGAAUCUACCUGGAAGCAUCAAGAAACUUCAUCUUCUCAAUACUUGGAUGCUCAUGGUUGUAUCUCACUCGAAACAGUAGCAAAACCCAUGAUGCUUAUUGUGGUAGCUGAAAGGACCCACUCUACUUUCGUCUUUACUGAUUGUUUCAAGCUUAACGGAGAUGCACAAGAAAAUAUUGUGGCUCAUGCUCAACUCAAGAGUCAAAUACUGGGGAAUGGAUCUCUUCAACGUAAUCAUAAGGGACUAGUAAUGGAACCUUUAGCUGGUGUAAGUUUUCCAGGAAACGAUUUGCCAUUAUGGUUCCGUCAUCAGAUAAUAGGAUCUUCCAUGGAAACCGACCUGCUUCCACACUGGUGCGACGAUAAAUUCAUCGGGUUUUCUCUCUGUGCGGUUGUCUCGUUCAAUGACUAUGAAGAUAAAACUGUUGGUUUUCCUCCUAGUGGGGAAACCAAUUGGAUUUGCUAUAACAACUGUUUCCAUGCCAAGAAAAGCCAUGAUCUCAAUAGAUGUUGCAACACCACCGCCUCAUUCAAAUUCUUUGUUACUGAUGAUGGUGUAGCCAAAAGAAAGCUAGAUUGCUGUGAGGUGGUGAAAUGUGGUAUGAGCUUGUUACAUGCACCGGAUGAGAAUGAUUAUAGGUUGCAGGAAUUACAGGAGAGUAACCUCGAGAAAGCGGUAUCUGGGAAAGAAACAGAUCUAAGUGAAACCGCUAUUGAGGAAACUGUUGUGUCCAAGAGAGGCCGGUUCUGUCUACAAGAAGAAGAGCUACUGAACGGUAAAAGAAUAAAGGAAGAAAUCUCUUUUCCUGAUUAUGAUUGUUCUGUUCGUCGUUACAUGGAGCCAGCAAAGUCUAAUCUCUUGAAAUAA